AGUAAUAGUUAUGCACGAGUGCGAGCUGUGGUGAUGACCCGGGAUGACUCAAGUGGUGGAUGGUUACCACUUGGAGGGGGUGGACUAAGCUGUGUCACAGUCUUCAAAGUCAUUCCCCAGGAAGAGAAUAGCUGUGCUGAUUUUCUUAUCCAUGGAGAACGACUCAGGGAUAAAACGGUGGUCUUGGAAUGCACAUUAAAGAAGGACCUCGUUUACAACAAAGUUACUCCUACUUUUUACCACUGGAAGAUUGAUGACAAAAAGUUUGGCCUCACAUUUCAGAGCCCUGCUGAUGCAAGAGCAUUUGACAGAGGUAUUCGGAGAGCAGUAGAGGAUAUUUCUCAAGGUUAUCCACCCUCUCAAAAUGAUGUUGAUGUGGCAGAAGACUGCUUUCAAGCUGCUCAAGAAAACACAUCAAGUUCAUUGAUGAAAGAUCACCUUUUCCAACACGAAACUGUAGUAACCAGUGAACCUUACAACAGUGCAAAUUUAAGGCCUUCAUCCUUUGAGGAUUUCAACACCAGGAGAGCCUGUUUUCCUAGCCAGCCUAACCAG